AUGGAGGGGGUGGAGACAGAAAGUCUUCCUCUUCCUCUUCCUCUUCCUCUUCCUCUUCCAGUUCUCUGUCUGUGCCCAGAUGGGACCAUAGGUGGCGACUGGGGAUUUUUCCUUUGUGUUGAAAUUCUGUUGGGUUCAGCCGAUUCCUACACGAGUAGACCCUCGGAGUCCGACCUGUCCCUGGAGGAGGACAAGGAGGCGUCUCGGCGUGAAGCCGAGCGCCAGGCGCAGCUGCAGCUCGACAGGGCCAAGACCAAACCGGUAGCCUUUGCCGUCAAGACGAAUGUCAGCUACUGCGGGGCCCUGGACGAAGACUGUCCUGUCCAAGGUGCGGCCAUCAACUUUGAAACCAAAGAAUUCCUUCACAUCAAGGAGAAAUACAGCAAUGACUGGUGGAUCGGACGGCUGGUGAAGGAGGGAGCGGACAUCACCUUCAUCCCCAGCCCAGUGAAGCUGGAAGCCAUGCGGAUCAAACAGGAACAGAAAGCAGCCCAGAGGAAAGCUGGAAACGCUUCAUCUGGAGGUUGGAGGUCCACCCCACCCUCUGCAGCCAAACAGAAGCAAAAACAGACAGAACAUGUCCCGCCGUACGACGUGGUUCCAUCCAUGAGGCCCGUGGUGUUGGUGGGCCCCUCCCUGAAAGGCUAUGAGGUCACAGACAUGAUGCAGAAAGCUCUCUUUGACUUCCUGAAGCACAGAUUUGAUGGGAGAAUCUCGAUCACGCGGGUGACCGCUGAUCUAUCUUUAGCCAAGAGGUCCGUCAUCAACAAGAAAGCCAUCAUGGAGAGAUCCAACACUCGCUCCAGUAUUGCGGAGGUCCAGAGUGAGAUCGAGCGGAUCUUUGAGUUGGCUAAGAGCCUGCAGCUGGUGGUGCUGGACGCGGACACCAUAAACCAUCCAGCUCAGCUUCUCAAGACUUCCCUGGCCCCCAUCCUCGUCUACGUCAAGGUGUCCUCACCAAAGGUCCUGCAGAGACUCAUAAAGUCCCGAGGAAAAUCGCAGAGCAAACACCUCAACGUUCAGAUGAUGGCUGGAGAUAAACUAGUGCAAUGUCCUCCGGAGAUGUUUGAUGUUAUUCUGGACGAGAAUCAGCUGGAGGAUGCCUGUGAGCACUUAGCCGAAUAUCUCGACUUCUACUGGCGCGCCACCCACUUUCCCGGAUCCGCCCCCGUCUAUCCUUUAGUAGAGCAAAACGCCGCCACCCCACCCUCAGCCAACUCCAGCCAACAGUUCUCAGAGACACAAGAAUUAAUUGAAUGAGCACUUCAAACAUCUGGGUGGGUCCAAGUGGAGAAGGAGCUUCCGGACCGAUGCUGACUAGAGCCUCUGGUUCUCCAGGGCCUGUGAAUCUCAGCCUCCCCGACCGAGGGCUCAGAGCUGGGGACCCAGAGGCACAGCAGGAUGGAGAGUUGGAGGCUGAGGAGGCUGAGGAGGAGGAGGAGGAGGAGGAGGAGGAGAAUCUGCUCCCUUCGAUCUAAGAGCACAGACGGUGACUUAAGACCCAUCCAAGCUGCCAACCCUGCCUCUUUCCCACCCUCUGGAACACACAUGACUCAGGACCACCUGCUAUAGCACAAUACCCCCAAUCCCUGCCCAGUCCCUGCCACCCCCACACACACACAUACACACACACAUACAUACAUACAUAAAAACACACACAUACACACGGUAGACUCGCCGCUGGUCCUAACAUCGCCACGACGAGUGUACAUGGCACAGAAGGUUGAACAGAUUAUUGGCUUUCUUCAUUGCUCCCAGCUGACCUCUGACCUCAGGAGAGGUUUCCCUAUCAGAGCACACUGCCCCACUUAUAUCACUCGCAGUCAGGCAGCACAAGGCUCUUCUGCUUCGCUGCUCGUAGGACAUUCAGUGUCCACGUUUGCCCACCGCUAUUAGCCUCCACCUGGAGUUACAGCCACGUGUGUCGUCUCUGAUCAGCCUGGCAUCCGUGGCGUGGGGUGAUUGUGAGUUGGCACUGCAGAAGGGGAAUCGUCUGCCCACCGCGGAAUGGAAA